AUGUCGACCACGACAACAGUCACCACGACGGCGACCCAGCCCAUCACCGCCGAUGCCAUUCUCCGCCUGUUCCCCGACAUUGACACCACCUCCGAGGCGCUGUCCGGCCAUGACGAGGAGCAGAUUCGUCUGAUGGACGAGGUCUGUAUCGUCCUCGACGAGAACGACAUGCCCAUUGGCCAGGCCAGCAAGAAGCUCUGCCAUCUCAUGACCAACAUCGACAAGGGCCUCCUGCACCGCGCCUUUUCCGUUUUCCUCUUCAACGACCAGAACGAGCUCCUCCUCCAGCAGCGCGCCUCCGAAAAGAUCACCUUCCCUGACAUGUGGACAAACACCUGCUGCUCCCACCCGCUCGGCAUCCCCGGCGAGACGGGCUCCAACCUGCCCGACGCCGUCAUGGGCGUCAAGCGCGCCGCCCAGCGCAAGCUCGACCACGAGCUGGGCAUCAACGCUGAGCAGGUUCCCAUUGACAAGUUCCGCUUCCUCACCCGCAUUCACUACAAGGCGCCUAGCGAUGGCAAAUGGGGCGAGCAUGAGAUUGACUACAUCCUCUUCAUCAAGGCCAACGUCGACCUCAACCCCAGCCCCAAUGAGGUUCAGGCCACCCAAUACGUCAGCCCCGACCGUCUCAAGCAGCUGUUUGAGGACCCUAGCCUCAAGUUCACGCCCUGGUUCAAGCUCAUCUGCAAUUCUUUUCUCUUCGAGUGGUGGGCGCACCUCGACUCUGGCCUCGACAAGUACAUGAACGAGGAAAAGAUUCACAGAAUGUAG